UUAAUCAUUUGAUACGAUAAAAUGGAUGAUAGUCAACAAUUAUUUCUGAUUGAAUUUUUGGUUGAUAAAAUUAAUAUCCCAGCUGUACGUGCUAUACAUGAAGAAAUGUUACCAGUGACGACCUGCGUCUCUUUUCAAAUCCUUAAUUUGCCACCUAUCAAUAUUAAUGAAGAAGCAUUAAGCGAUGGAUGUGCUUGUUUAAGCGGUGACACUCAAGUAUUUAAAAAAGGAAAAUCUUGUCUGUUUGCAUUACCCAAUAAUGUACUUCAAAAACCAGUUCAUAGUUUUCCUGUAACUAUGACUGUUUAUAAAAAACUUCCACCAGGAGUAUUACCAGAUGUUAUGUUAAUUGGCACUUAUCAGAUACAAUUAAGAAAUUUGAUAAAUGAUUUAUUAAGUCAACGUGUAUUCAAUAAUGGAAAUCCAUGUAAAUCUUUAAAAAGUACUUUUAGGAUAGCUACAGCGACUGGACAAUGUGUUGGCGAAGUUACUCUCUUCAUACGUGUCUCCUGUUUUGGAAAAAAAAUAAUAACUCAAUUCCAAAUACCUCAUAAUAAAAAACCAUACUUGUUUAAAGGAACCGACGAUAGUCCAGUAUUUCAAUGUAAAAAGAUACCUUCGAAAAAAUGUUUGCCAGAAUUUAUACGAUGCAAUUGUACUGUAAAAAAGAAUAAGGAUGGGAGUGGUGAAGGAAAGAGUUGUUGUCGUCCAAAAACAUGUCCUGAAACUUGUUUCAAGACUUGUUGUCGUCCAAAAACAAGUCCUAAAACUUGUACACCUUUGGUCAAAUCUGAAGUCGACAAAUGUCAACAACCACAAUCUGAACCUUUGCCUUGUUGUCCAUCUUGUCCACCAAUUUGCAAUGGUACCAAGUCAUCAAAACCGCAACAACAACAACAACAACAACAAUUUCAACAAGAGCACUCAAAAUGUUGUUCUCUUUAUCCACCAUGUAUUCAACCAGUAAAACCUGUUUCAAUUUGUGGUUCUCCACAACCUGCCACAACAAAUACUUGCCCAUCAUGUUGUUCGCCUCAAUCGGUUAAAGAAAAGACCUGUGCUCCUUGUUGUGGCACAAAGAAAACUACUUUUGAUGAACUAUUUAAAGAGAAACCUGUAAGAAAGUGUGGAUGCGUUAUUAAAGAAGAACCAACUUGUAGUUGUAGAAAGACCUGUUGUUGAGUCCUUGAGAACAAACAAACGAACAAACAAAUUAUGAUAAUAGAUUGUACAAAAUAAUGGCUGAACGUCAAGAUAAGAAGAAAAAAAAGGAGAAGAAGAAGAACAGCAAGUCAAAAAAGAUAUCAUCAAAGAUCAAAGUUACAGAAGCUGCUAAACAAAAGGAAGCUUGCAUUAAAGAAAAAUUUCACAAAUGGGAAAAGGCAUGGGAAAAGAAAUGUCAAGCGCAGGAUGAACUUGAUGAUUACAGAUGUCGCCUGCACAAAGGAUUAUGUUUGAAGCCAAAGACGCAAUCAAAUAUUUGGGUAAACGUAAUAGAAGAUAAAAUGACACAGGAAUUGCACAUGGCCAUCAAACAAGUACCAGUACCCAAACCAAAGCCUCCUCCGAUUCCAAAAUUAAAAAGAAUGGAAAUUUUAUCGAGCUGCGAAGGAACGGCCAACAAGAUUACUGAGAUGAAUAAAACGAAAAAUAUUGUAAAAAAGAAAAAAAAAGGAAAGAAAAAAGGAUAAAA